GACGUAUUUCCGUCUGCUGUUUCCGUUCUUGCCUGUCGUUGGUUAUCUAGCUUUGCCACUACCGUUUGCGGGUACUUUUUCUGCUUGUGCAAGAAUGGGCGAAGACAUGGCUACUCACAUGAGUGUGGUGGCGCUGAACUUCCGCGACGACGUGCGCACCAUCGACCGUUGCGGACCGUCUCUGGAGCGGAGCGUCAAGGCGCGCCUGGUGCUCGAGGGCCGCGAUCCGCCGCAGUACCGCACCAGCGUCGAGCUCCGACCCCGGCUCGUGGAGGCCGAGUACGGCGUCACGCUUGUGCUCGACGCGCCCUCCAUGGAGCCGACGGCGUACCGCGAGCACGUGAUCGUCAUGCCGCGCACGGUGGCCGUGCGCGAGGGCGAGUCGGUCUUCUGCUUCCCGCCGGCGCCGCCCCGCACCGUCUACAAGAGCACGCUGGUGUACGACACGCGGCGCGCCGACCUGUGGUACACGAGCGCGGUCGACCUGGCGGUGGUCGGCACCCUGGGCGUGCCCGUGGAGGACGCCGAAGACGACGACGAUGACGCCGUUGACGAUGCCGAUGCUGCGGCAGGCAAAGGCGACGGGUGCUUCGACACCCUGAACGGCGGAUGCGUCGACACCGACGAUGAAGAUUCCUCUUCGAGGCUGUGAUCUGCCGCGGGGCGUCCUUGAUUAACCGGAUGGAGGACGUUCGAAGAAUGGGAAAGGAAGGGGUCCGUGCAGCGAAGAAUGUCUGCGUGAAAAAGCGCACGUGGUUGGGCAGUCGAACUCGGUCACGACGAAAAGGCGUAUGCGCUUAAGAUAAAUAGUUCGCGGGUAAUUUUAUAGACCCAAACUCGCCUAUAACAAACUAACAUUUGUGUUGCGCUCAUUACAUGAGGAUUUGUUGUGUUCAGUGAAGAAGCUAGAAAGGAAACCAGCGUAUUCAAAACGAAACUAUGCAUAUAUUGGGCAACAUCUUUUUGUCUACGCUCUAAAGUGUUACUCAGCGUCAUUAAGAAUGGCGUCCUCGAUACGCGACGUUGUGCAGACCUGCUCUAGACCACACUUCAUUCAAUGUCGGCACUGUAUCGGCGAAGCACAAUCAUCGCAAAAGUGCGUCGUGAGGCGUCGGCUGAGGCGGCCCCUGUAACCUGGCCAACAUUAGUAUAGAACCAAACUAGUAAACGUUGCACUAUGGCAGUGAACGUACGCUCCAAAUUCGAUAUAUCCAAUGUCCAAUUCGCUACGAGGGAGUUAUCUUAUAUGAGAAUCGGCGAAUAAAAUUGGUUCGUUCAAUAAGAAGAAUAGCUCGCUCCGUUCGGUUUCGUUAUAUUCGUGUUCGACUGAAGGCAAAGCUGCAGGAGACGCGCCGGAAAGACGGCUGCUCCGGUUGUUGAAAAGCUGUUGAUAUGAUUCUUCGUAUACGACGAGGCGAAUAUCGAGUCGUGUUUUCUUUUUUUUUCGCCCACGCUGGCGUUCCGCGUGAGACCCGUGGUAUACAUAUACAGCACGACGUCCGAUACGAUGAGCGGCGAGCCGUAAAGACGGCUACUCUGACUGUUAGAACCAGUUAAAUGCUAGUUAGAUAUAGUUGUUGUAUACGAGUAUGGUCGGGCCUCGGAUCGCACGUGAAAUCGCGCACUCCGUGUCAGUGACCUCCGUAUUCUUUUCUGCUUCGCUAUCGGCCUUUUUGACCAGUAAUCCUUGACAGCAAGAAAUCUUGAGAACUGCCAGCAAUUAUUACCUUUGUUCCUUGUAGAGAACUCGCCAAUUAAGUCGCGCUUACUAUGAGCACAAGCGACGCGCCCAUGGAUGUUGCUCGUAGGUUAGACGGCCACAUUUUUCAUGAUGUCACGCUCUGCAGUAUUGUCUAUAUCAAUUUUGCGUCGUGGGCUCCACCGUGUUAUAACGAGAGCGGAAUCAGUGCAAUCACUUAUGCCAUGCAAACGCAAUCUUUAAAAACCCAGAGUCUUUUUUCCACAACAUUUCGCCGUUUGCGUGUUGGCCGUAACGUUGUUCUUAUGUAGGUCAGUAGUUCAGCGAGAAAGAUUCCAUGUUCACAGACCAAACUACCGGCACCCCCAUGCAGUGCUCCUCUAAAAUCGCUCGGCGUGCUUAGUUCAUGUUUAUUGCCCCUAUACACCACUGCAGUGUAACAUAAACUAAAUAUGUACUCUAUCGGCUCGAUGUUGCGCAGACAAGCUCGUAUACCCCGCCGUAUACGCAUAUCGUUUGCUAAAAUUACAUUUCGGCGUUUCACCUGCCAAAACCAUCAUUUGUUCUAGUCUCAAGUAUAUGUCGGUCAAUACUCGUAACGUAGCUACUCGUAUUGAACCAGCAACGAUAGCGCGGAUUGUUCAGACCACUUCUUGCAUUUCAUAUUGGCAGCGCAAAUUCGAGAGCCAUUUUGCUCCUUGUCGUCUUUUGUUCCGCGCUUCGUGGAGAGCGCCCCGGAACAUUGCCGUGCACAAAGAGCUUGAUCGUGCCAGUGUGUGCAAGAAUACAUGGCUCCAGCACGACGUUCGCGAUUGCGUCACCAGGUCUGCAAUACGUUCGUCUCGCUGUGACGUUUUAAAUAAAUAGAGAGCGGAAAUGAAAGAGCGCAGCUAUAUCACGAGCGUCAUGAUCACAACAAAUCUGCGCCAUUUAGGUCAUUCCGCGGUCGUUAAAAAAUUGUAUUUGCCGUGAAUCAGGCAAACGCCACUCAUAGUCGGAUCAUGGUCAAUCGCACUUGAGGCUGUAUCGAAAGAAGUUAUGAAAAAAAAAAAAAAGCUGCUAACUUCAGCCUGAAUCCGUUUGCAAGACGUUUACGCAGCAUUGGAGAAGUUGGGAAAUAUUCAAGCGUCCAACUUGAGUGCCUUGUUCUAGGAAACUGUGGGGUCAGGAAGAAACAUUUAACUUGGAUCGUGUCCUUAUGCUGGCCUUGUUCGAUUUGUGUUAGUUUCCCUUUCGCUUUCCGUCGUGUGCCAAAUCCGCCGCCAACGCAGUCUGCUGUAUGCUAGUUCAUUAUUCCAGGAAUUACGGGAACGGACCCGUCAAUAUAUUUUUCGCAAGAACUUUGGGGAAGGCAUCGUGUAGGACUAGACAAGCACAAAGUACAAAGGUAUACGGUCCACUGUUAAAGGGAACCCUCUAAUUGGAACUGAGCAGAGUGUAACGUAUGCGUUGAUGGUGUAACUUAUGGGGGGAAGAAGUGGGCUGGUGAUGUGAAGAGUUUGACAAUCAUCCUUUGACGAAUGAUUAUUUUGAAGGCGUAUUUUGCAGGCCAUUCUGUACAAAGUAGCACCCGGCGCUGUCUCGUCUUGCUUACUUUGUGCUUGUACAAUUUACGAUACGAUGCUCACACUGGAUUUCAACCGACCUGCCUAGUAACAGGUACUCUUACCUGAACUUUGAUGAAACAUUCCACGAUCCGCUUUUUGCGGGUAUGCCAUGGGUUGCUAGUGUGCAGUCACGUUUGGUACGAUAAGUUUCGAUGGCUAUAUAGUACACGUCGCAUAAUUCACGUAGAAGACCUUUGUGUUCAGAGUGGUUUAUUGUAUCGUUUCGCAGAGCUUUAGUUUCGUUUCAUUUUGUGCACUUGUACUGCCCCACAGGGUAUAUACUCCACAUAGACAUAAGCGGGGUUAUGUUGGGCAUUGCACGUGUUGAAAAAUCACUCUUAUGAUCGCGCGAACUUUACACGCAUGGCACAUUCCACGAAGUGCUUGUUUGGUGAAGGCGUACUUAGUACGUGUAUACGGUUACCUGCACAUUAAUGUUUCUUAUGAAAGUAUUCUAUUUGUAUCAUGCGUUUUCUUUGUUUGAUUUCUUCUUUUUUUUGUGCCUAUGAAGCUUUUGUUGCAAAGUUAUAUCCUAUUAAUUUGUUCGAUUUUCAAAAUAAUUUUCAUGCUUGUGCAACAACCGGGGUGUAAUUUUUCCAGCUAAAUACUAUUGCUGGGCAUUUGUGAAUGAUCAAAUGGACCAAUAAAGACGCUUUCACCAUUUUUCA